UCUUACAGCAGGCAAUAGCUGUGACAUUGCUCCCUCAGGGACUUAGCCACGCACAGAUCCAAGAUGAAGGCAAAAUGGGUUGCGUUGUCCGUAUUCCUUCAGGCCAAGGUUCUAGGGACAGAGGCAGAACAAGUCUUCGGUCUGACAAACCCUAAGCUUUGCUACGUUUUGGAUCUGGUCUUGUUCCUAUAUGCCAUAAUCAUCACAGCAUUUUUCUUUAAAGAAAAGUGUACCAAGCAGCAACCCCAAGCUCAAGAGUAUGACCCCUAUAGCAAACUUCGUCCUGGUCAACAGUUGACUUAUGAUGAGAUUAACAAGGGAAGAGACCCAGAGAAGGGAGGAAGGCGUCAGCAGAAGCAGAGAGCUCAAGAUACCACUGUUUACACAGGUCUACAGAGAGACAAGAUGGCCGACCAGUACAGCGCAAUUAAAGUCAAAGGAGAGCCUCAGCAACGCAGAAAGGGCAAAGGAAACGAUACUGUGUAUCAGGGACUCAGCACUGCCACAAGAGACACUUACGAUGCUCUUCAAAUGCAGCCCGUUCCUCCUCCUCGCUAAUAAAAUGAUCGCAUUGGACACAUGUAAAGUGACAACACCACAAAGGAACAAAUGGAAACGAGCGAACAGUUUGCUGUAAUACAAAUUAAUUUUUGAAACAAUUGCUUUCUUCUUUCUAUCAUUUAAGAAAACGUUAAUGCUUAUAAUCUAAACCGGAAAAACAAACAUCACUUUAAUAGGGUAAAGGACAAGGAAAUAUUAAAUGCUGAGCUACAAGCCUGGAAGCAAUUUGUUUAUGGUCAUUGUGGACCCUCAACAGAAUUAGACAGUUUGCUUGUCAAUGAUGUAUAUAGCUAACAAUUUUGUUUGUGUAAAGUUUUCAUAUUUGUUUGAAGUAUCAUUGCGUAUAUUUUUAUUUUUUAUUUAAAGGGACAGUAAACAUUUACUUCAUUGCACCUUCAUGACUGCUGUGUGUGGCACAUAUUAAUGACUAUAAAAACUUACAUUAAAGAGAUCCUAAACCCAUUUUUUUUUCUUUUAUGAUGAAGAUAGAGCAUGCAAGUUUAAGCAACUUUCUAAUGUAUUACUUUCAUCAUUCUCUUGGUAUCUU